AUGAAGCCCCUGACGUCUACAUGCCUUCUUGUGACUCAGAUGUUUGUGACUUUACGGCGGUGCAAUGAUACGAAGAAUUCAACCAUCAUCAUACACCGAACUCAUGGUCUGACAAGCGAGGAGGACAUGGAACAAAGCGAGGAACUUCGUGUGCUGUGGAUCUCCAUAUAUUCGUGCAGGACAUGGUACGAGGCUGAUGAGCGCCUGUCACGUCAAUUUCCUACCGCGAAAAGCUGGCGG